GGAAUAUGUGUAAAACAUGAAAAUUCCUCCCACGGACUGCAGCAAACACGCCAGUGAGCUGGCCUCUUGCAUUCUUCACCUUGCACACGCACUUUUUGCCACCCCACCACAAACAUGAAUCCCGGCACCACUGGUCGGAACAGUGGCAUUUCGGAACAGAGGUUUAAUUUGGUCGGAGUAAAGAUAUUUCGGACUAUUUUUCGGAAUAUCGGGCUUUCGGAACACUGGGCCGUCCCCAUACAGGACACCUGCGACUUUACUAUUAUUGAAAACUGAAUGGGAAUGAAAAUGUGUUAUCUACCCCGUGUUGUUUUUACCCGAUAAAUUAGUGUUUCGCAUGUGAAAAUGCUUUGGUCUCAGCAUGCAUAGCCUACUAGGGCUACUAGUCGAUUGAGACGCUUUCGAUAUAGGCUAAUCUGGAUUGACGCAUUAAUAUUGCACCCCAGACCAAUUUGAUUUCAGCGGAAUAGUUCCAGACUACAAUGGACACAGUGAAUGUGGAUUAGGGUAUUUCUGUAGCUGAGAACGGCUUUCACUGAGAGCAGAAAACAACCUAUGCGUAAGAAGGCGGGUGGCAUUUGAGACGAAUAGCACUGAUGAACGUUGUUUGAAUGUCAAAAGAUUUUAAAUACGACUUUGUUUGAGGGAGUGUGCCUCUAAGGACACGUACAUUUCCCAAUCUGAUUCUCCCUGAGGUCACUGACGCUGACUUUGAAACAUUGCUUUUCCGGGUUAGGGAAGACGUCAUUGUACAUCUAAACUGUGGCUGGCAAUUUCUGUGGGCGGCUCAGAGUGGGUGUGACCUCAGCAAUGUGGGAGGAGCAACAGCGUGGGAUCCGGGUCUCGCAGGCCGAGCUGCUCUGCAAAGAUGGCUGUGGUUACUAUGGCAACUCUGUCUGGCAGGGCUACUGCUCUAAGUGCUGGCGAGAGAGGAUCCGCAAGCCUGAAGUGGACAGACAGGAUCAUGGCUCCCAAAGUACUCCAGGAUCUCCCAUCACUUUCUCCAAGUUUGAGGAGAAGAAGAGUGCAGAGAGCAGCCGGAGGACCAGCGCCAUGAAGAGGCUCUUCUGGGGUCCAUCCCCCCCCAAACACCCAGGGGCGUCGGAUGGCCAGUCGGAGGCGCUGCAGGGCUUUGAGACGCUGGAGCCGGGAGAUUUCACCAGCUUCCUGAAGCUGCUGCGCAGCCCGUCCUCCCAGCGUCUGCAGUCCAGGUGCUCCGCCUUCCUCAACACUAUGGAGGCCUACCAUGACCUGCAUGUGGAUAAACAGUCCGACCUGGUGCAGGAGUUUUAUCAGAACAUCGCUCUUCACUUCAGCAGGCUGUCGGAAGCACAGGUAGCUCAUACGAUGGAGCACAUGGAGAAGCUGAUCAUGACGCGGCUCCAUAAGUGGGUCUUCUGCCAUGACUGCUGUGACGAUGAGCAGAGAGACCUGGCACUACAGAGAAGGAUCAAGUCGCUGAAUUGGGUAACCCCUCAGAUGUUGUGUGUCCCCUUCCCUGAUGGAGGCCCCGACGUUAGCGACCCUUACCUGCACGCCAUUACAGCAAUCAUUGAAAUGGACGCCAAGCGCGCGCCUCAGGACAAGCUCACCUGUGUCUCCAGGUGCUGCCAGAACGUCUUCCAGGUGCUGGCCUCGUCCAGCAGCAAGCCAGCGUGCGCAGACGACUUCCUGUCCGCUCUGAUCUACGUGGUGCUGAGUGCCAAUCCGCCCCGCCUGCACUCCAACAUGCAGUACAUCAUCCGCUUCGGCCUGCCGCACAGCCUCAGGAGCGGAGAGAGCGGCUACUACUUCACUAAUCUGUCGUGUGCAGUGACCUUCAUAGAGAAGCUGGAUGCAGCAGCACUAAACCUGAGCCCAGAGGAGUUCCAGCACUUUAUGCAGGGCCCACAGCAACACCUCCAGAACCACGGGGCAGAACCAGCGCCUCCGGCCAGCGGCAGCAGCGAGGCCUACGGCCAGCCGGCGGCAGCAGCACACCGCAGCGGGAGCCAGCGGCGGCGUGGUCAAGAGGUCAGGGCCCGGCUGGAAGAGCUGAAGGGUCGGCAGGAGCGCAUCCAGCAGGGGGCGCUGUCCUUGCAGGAGCAGCUGCAGAGCUGGGUGCGCGACAUCCACCUGCAGCUGGAUCACAUGAACACGGCGCAGAGUGAUGACCUCACUGCCACUGAGGUGCGCGCUGAUGAUGAUGAUGAUGAUGAUGACGGGGAUGACGUCACAGGCUCUCGGGAGGUGCUGGUCCUUCAGGAGGAGGUGGUGCCAGAGGACGCCUGCAAAAAGGAGACCGAGUGUUGACAUGGCAACUAGGGGUGGGUUUGGAGAGUGGGGUGGAAUAGCCCCGCCCUCUUUAGUUUGAGACACGCCUCUCUUUAGUUUGAGACACGCCUCUCUUUGGGACCAACAUGGGAAGAGAAGCGGGUUGGAUUGUGUCCCCUGUGGGGUGGUCCAGAGCAAGGUACUUAAGGUGCUUAACAGACUUCUAAUGAUUAAGUAAGAGCACACUCAGCCAAAACAGCACACAACUCUCUUCAGCCAGGUAGUAGUUGCAGCGUUCGUGUAUCAGCCUGUUGCCAUGGCGCUUGUCACCUCACCAUACUGGUUACGUUGCCAUUUUUCAGAUUAUGAUUAUUUUUCAGUCAGUUAGUCAGUCAGUGCAGAUUAUUUCUUGAGCACACACACUGUUCCACUACUUUGCACAUGAUGAGGAUGAUCACUGAGCAACUUUGCACUUUGUCUGUUGAAAAUGCCUUCCUCUCUCCUGUUGACAUGCCUGGUCUGUGCUGCGGUGGAAGCAAUAUAAUGAGAUGUACGUCUUUCAAUACUGAGGCCUUAAUUUCGAAUUACUACUUUGUUUAUAAAUAAUUGUGUCAUUGUUCUUUAUAAGAUAGAUAUAUGUACCAAAAUAUUCUUAAGGAUACUAUUUAAAGUAUUUAAGUAGAAGUUUACAUGUUGAUUUGCUGGGGAUCGCUAUUGCCAUACCCUGGAAGGUUCUUUUCCUGUGAAAGCACUAACUUCCGAUUUCGUCAGUCUUCUACCGGUUUACGUAUUUUAAAUGAAGGAAUGGAAGAUCAACAUAUGGGGUUGGAAAUGUGAAUGUGAAUAUAAGUAAAUAAAAAUACUAUUGUCGAA